AGGCUCGGGGUGGGCUGGGGGCCCCUCCACUGCAGUCUGCCCGGUCCCUGCCAGGCCCCGCCCCCUGCCUCAAGCACUUCCCGCUGGACCUGCGCACGUCUAUGGAUGGCAAAUGCAAGGAGAUAGCCGAGGAGCUGUUCAGUCGCUCCCUGGCUGAGAGCGAGCUCCGCAGCGCCCCGUACGAGUUCCCCGAGGAGAGCCCCAUCGAGCAGCUGGAGGAGCGGAGGCAGCGCCUGGAGCGGCAGAUCAGCCAGGAUGUCAAGCUGGAGCCAGACAUCCUGCUUCGGGCCAAGCAAGAUUUCCUGAAGACGGACAGUGAAUCGGACCUCCAGCUCUACAAGGAGCAGGCUGAGGGGCAGGGAGACUGGGGCCUGCGGGAGCGCGACGCGGUGCUCGAGCGGGAAUUCCAGCGCGUCUCCAUCUCCGGGGAGGAGAAGUGCGGGGUGCCCUUCACAGACCUGCUGGACGCGGCCAAGAGCGUGGUGCGCGCGCUCUUCAUCCGGGAGAAGUACAUGGCGCUGGCGCUGCAGAGCUUCUGCCCCACCACCCGCCGGCACCUGCAGCAGCUGGCGGAGAAGCCUCUGGAGACGCGGACCUACGAGCCGGGCCCCGACACCCCUGUGUCCGCCGAUGCCCCGGUGCACCCCCCGGCGCUGGAGCAGCACCCGUACGAGCACUGUGAGCCGAGCACCAUGCCCGGGGACCUGGGCUUGGGGCUGCGCAUGGUGCGGGGCGUGGUGCACGUCUACACCAAGCUCCCCCCACGUGCCAGGUGCUCAGAGGUGGAGCUGCCGUACCCUGACCUGCAGGAGUUUGUGGCUGACGUCAACGUGCUGAUGGCCCUGAUUAUCAACGGCCCCAUAAAGUCGUUCUGCUACCGCCGGCUGCAGUACCUCAGCUCCAAGUUCCAGAUGCACGUGCUGCUCAACGAGAUGAAGGAGCUGGCCGCCCAGAAGAAGGUGCCGCACCGAGAUUUCUACAACAUCCGAAAGGUGGACACGCACAUCCACGCCUCGUCCUGCAUGAACCAGAAGCACCUGCUGCGCUUCAUCAAGCGGGCGAUGAAGCGGCACCUGGAGGAGAUCGUGCACGUGGAGCAGGGCCGCGAGCAGACGCUGCGCGAGGUCUUCCAGAGCAUGAACCUCACGGCCUACGACCUGAGCGUGGACACCCUCGACAUGCACGCGGACAGGAAUACCUUCCAUCGCUUUGACAAGUUCAAUGCCAAAUACAACCCCAUCGGGGAGUCUGUCCUCCGAGAGAUCUUCAUCAAGACGGACAACAGGGUUUCUGGGAAGUACUUCGCUCACAUCAUCAAGGAGGUGAUGUCGGACCUGGAGGAGAGCAAAUACCAGAACGCGGAGCUGCGGCUCUCCAUCUACGGGCGCUCGAGGGACGAGUGGGACAAGCUGGCACGCUGGGCCGUCACGCACCGCGUGCACUCCCCCAACGUGCGCUGGCUCGUGCAGGUGCCCCGUCUCUUUGACGUGUACCGUACGAAGGGCCAGCUGGCCAACUUCCAGGAGAUGCUGGAGAACAUCUUCCUGCCGCUGUUCGAGGCCACCGUGCACCCCGCCAGCCACCCGGAGCUGCACCUCUUCUUGGAGCAUGUGGACGGCUUUGACAGCGUGGACGACGAGUCCAAGCCCGAGAACCACGUCUUCAACCUGGAGAGCCCCCUCCCCGAGGCGUGGGUGGAGGAGGACAACCCGCCCUACGCCUACUACCUGUACUACACCUUUGCCAACAUGGCCACGCUGAACCACCUGCGCAGGCAGAGGGGCUUCCACACGUUCGUGCUGCGGCCGCACUGCGGGGAGGCCGGGCCCAUCCACCACCUGGUGUCCGCCUUCAUGCUGGCCGAGAACAUCUCGCACGGGCUGCUUCUGCGCAAGGCCCCGGUCCUGCAGUACCUGUACUACCUGGCCCAGAUCGGCAUCGCCAUGUCGCCGCUCAGCAACAACAGCCUCUUCCUCAGCUACCACCGCAACCCGCUGCCCGAGUACCUGUCCCGCGGCCUCAUGGUCUCACUGUCCACCGACGACCCCCUGCAGUUCCACUUCACCAAGGAGCCGCUGAUGGAGGAAUACAGCAUCGCCACCCAGGUGUGGAAGCUCAGCUCCUGCGACAUGUGUGAGCUGGCCCGCAACAGCGUGCUCAUGAGCCGCUUCCCCCUGCAGGUGAAGAGCCACUGGCUGGGACCCAACUACACCAAAGAGGGCCCCGAGGGCAACGACAUCCGCCGCACCAACGUGCCCGACAUCCGCGUGGGCUACCGGCACGAGACCCUGUGCCAGGAGCUGGCGCUCAUCACGCAGGCCGUGCAGAGUGAGAUGCUGGAGACCAUCCCGGAGGAGCCGGGCCUCACCAUGAGCCCGGGGCCCCAGUGAGCCCGGCCACGGGUGCCCGCAUCCCGGCGCCUUGACCACGUUCUGUCCUCGGACCCCCCCCCCCCCCCUGCGGCCUCUGCAUGUGUUCGUUCUCCUCUGUUGCCCUGCAUGUCUCCGCCCUCUGUCUGUCUCCGUGCCUCCCCCGGAAGCGGGGCCCAGGAUGCGCUCCGCCCUUUCUUGGCUCAGGUGGCACCCCAUGGCCCAAGUUUGAGGGCCGCCCUGUUGGCCCUGUCCCCAGACCCUCCGAAGCCUGGCCAGGGCUGGUUGUGGGGGGCUGGCCCCUCCGGCCUUUGGAGUCCUGCCUGGGCAAGUCUGAGCGUUGGCCAGGGGUGGAGUUGAGCCCCCGUCUUGUUUACGUGGCUGAAGUCCAAGGUGGGGCCUGUGCACAUCUGCUGUGGGCACGGGGCUGCCAGGCCUGGGGGGCUCCGGCGGGGGUUAGUUAGCGCUGGGCUGAGAGCAGGCGGAGCCCUGGCAUCCUGGGCUUGGGCCUGGCGGCGUGGGACCACCACCUCUGCCCAGUCGGUGCCCGGCAGCCUUCUCCGUCCUUCCUCCGGGCCCUGUGCUCUGCCGUCCGCUUCCUGGGCCAUGUCUGGGGCCAGUGCCGCUGGAGGCUCCUGGAUCUGCCACCGGCCCUGGGGGUGGCCCCUCCAAUGUGGUCCCUAGAGUUCUGACCAGACCUGAGUCCGGGCUGGUCCCCUGUGCUGUUGUGUGGACCGAGGCCUUCGCUGUGAAAUGCAGUGUUUCGUACAAUCCCGUCCCUCCUAGUGCAUGAGAAAUAAAGAGUAUUUAAGUAAA